CGUAAUAUUAUUAGGCCAUUUAUCGUUAUAAAAAAAGAAAAAAAAGAGGAAAUUUGUACUUGUUAACACCAAGAUACCAGAAUUUAAUUUCAAUAUGUUUUUUGGAGAUACAGACGGAUUCUUCGAAAUAAUAAAGGGUACAGUUCCCUUCUAUACCAUUGUAUUUAUACCAUUAUUCAUUUUGAUCUCGCCAAUGACGCCGGUUCUAGGAGCACAUGAGUUUACUGUGUAUCGCAUGCAGCAUUUCGACUUGCAUGGUACACCUCAUGGAUGCCGUAGUGCUGCUGUGAACAUGGAAGCGCGGACCUUAGGGUCACAAACAUAUACUAGAAGAUGUGUGAUUGCUCGGCUGCGUGAUCUAACUCAUGCUCACUUUGAAGAAAUUGUCCAACAGGGAGCUGGUGGUUUAUUAGCUCUUCUUCCAACAAAUUAUUCCAGUUUAAAACCAGAAGAAAAACAGCAUAUUAUGGAGCUUGAGAGAAGUCUGCUAGAGGAAGAAGUACAGAUACCUGUAUAUUUUAGUAUAGAAACACCAGAAUUGACAGAGAUAUAUAGAAAUGUACAAAAGUCUUCAAGUGGAAAACAAGCCGCCUCAGCUGCAGAAGAACUAUGGGGAACUUUAUCAGCUAGUGGUUUCCAGCUAGUUGUUUCCAAUGGCCAAACCAAGGCUCAGAGUGACAUUCAGGUCACAAACAUUCAGGGAAAACUGUCAGGCUUUGGAAUAGAAGAGCAGCUGCCUACCAUUGUUCUUGUAGCUCAUUAUGACACUUAUGGUGUUGCUCCAGGUUUGGCAUAUGGAGCCGAUUCUAACGGGAGUGGGGUAGCUGCAUUAUUGGAACUUGCUCGGCUCUUGUCUCGUUUAUACACCAGCUCAAGAACACAUCCAAGGUUCAAUUUAGUUUUUUUGCUAUCUGGAGCAGGAAAGUUUAACUUCCAAGGAACCAAAAAGUGGAUAGAAGACAACAUUGAUAGUUCAGAGGGAAGUCUUUUGCCUGAUGCUUUAUACACACUGUGUUUGGAAUCUCUUGGUUCUCAAGAUGAACUGAAUCUCCAUGUUUCUAAACCACCAAAGGAGGAUAGCCCUGGAGCUAUUUUCUUCCAAGAACUACAGCGUGUUGGGAAAAUGCUUUACCCAGAACUGAACAUCAGUAUGGUUCACAAGAAGAUAAAUUUGGCUGAAGAACUAUUAUCUUGGGAACACGAAAGAUUCAGCAUUCGUCGCUUACAAGCAUUCACACUCUCUCAUUUUAGAUCUCCCAAGGUCCUUGGUCGAAGUUCAAUCAUGGAUCGGAGAGAAAAAGUGGACCUCGAAAAACUUGCCAGAAAUGUUAGAGUCAUAGGUGAAGCACUCGCUCAUUACAUUUAUAAUUUGACUUCAGAAGAACAACAAGCAGAAAUCAUUACUGAGGGAAUGUCAGUUCAGAAAGAAUUUCUAACAGCCUGGUUAGAUCACCUCACGUCUCAACCUCGCAGUGCCCAACUCUUAUCAGCUAGCUCACCUUCUCGUUCUUUGGUUUUGACUCUUGAACAAGCAAUGGCUCGCUAUCUGAAGGAGGUAAAAGCCACAACCUUCCAUCCUGACAAGAGAGAUCCAGAGUUUGUAUUCUAUGAACCAAUGACGACAUCAAUGAAUGCAUACAGUGUGAAACCUGCUGUAUUCGAUAUCUUCCUAGCUAUUGUUAUUUCUGGGUACUUGUGUAUAGUCUACCUUAUUGUCACGAACUUCCAUCGAGUAGAGGGGACCUUGAAACAAGUGUCCUGCCAAAAAUUUAAACAUACAUAACCAGCUCUCAUUGUCCCAGCCUUAGAAAUAAUGAAUGUUGUGUAAUUAGGUUGUUUGUUGAAGAAAUGCAAGAACAUCAUAAUUGUAAAACAUUUUCCUUCUGUUUAUUUGGAAGAUGAUGAUUUUAAAACAUUUUGCUUUUUCCCUGCCAUGUAAAAUAAAGAAUUUUUUUCUAUUAGCAGUGAUAUUCAGUACAAUUUUUUUGUAGACUUUCAGAACUCUGUAGACAUUGAUUAGCUUUAGUACAUACUAUUUUAUUUGUACAAUUAUUAUUCAAGUAUCAGAUUAAGAUACUCAACUGGUAAAAGUUGUCUUUCUCUUGAAAAAUCCUUGUAAAUGCAACUUUUGACUCUUACGCUUGACAGUUUUUGAUAUUGGCUUUAUGAUUAACAGUAAUGUUUUAUUUCACAGCAUGACAAAAAAAAGUAGUUAAUGCUUGAAAUAUAUAUUAACCUUUUCCAUACUGGUACAGUAAAUUUAUGUACACAAAUGCUCCUGAAGAUUGCACAGUGAAGUCUUUUAAAGACUAUUGUCUAUUAAAAACUCAAUAUUUUGGCCUUGGUUUUCAUGUCUUAAGAUCUGACAUGAUAUUCUAUAAUUUCCACAAAUUACUUAAAGUAUUGCAUUCCUGGAUCCAAAGUAAAUGUGCUCUUACUAAUUAAUACAUCAUUGGGUUCCACUGAGAUAUCUAAAUAAUUAUGAAUGGUGUUGUCAGCAUAGAUUCUUUAUUGGAAUGUUUGCAGCUGCUUUGGUGGAUGUGAAUGAGAAAAUUAUAAAGUAAUCAAACUAGAAACAGGUAAUAUACCUACUUAGAUGAUACAAGUAAUCGAUAUAGUUUAGUUGUGCAAUUUAACUUAUUUUGUUACAUAUCUUUAUUUUCAGUGGAAUAAGUUUGAUAAGGGUUUUUAUUAUGUUGUUAUUUUUUUCUGUUCAAUUGCCUGCUUAUAUAAUCUGGCUUUUCUCCCUUUUUUUUUGCAAAAACUAUAGAUAUAACUUGGGAUUAUCACAAGAUGGAACAUGAAAUCAGACUAAAAUUACAAAUUCUUGCUUUGUUUAAUUAGUAUAUCUCUUAACAGUCUUGGACUUGAGUAUGUUUACAUAUAUACUUGCUUUUAUAUGAAUAUCUUAACUCAAACACUAAACAAUGCUCAUGUAUGAAUAAAUCAUUUUAGUUUAGGACUUGUCAGUCUUGAACUAAUCCUAGGUAUCUAAAACACUUAAGUGUUGGAGUUCAUAUUGAUAACUUAAACACCAUAAUUUGGAUUUACAUGUUUUGAUUUUAACCCAGAUUUCUCCCAGAUCACAUUUCUCCAAUUGCAUCUCUAUUCUGUUAAAUACCUAUUGCUAUUUUGGUUACAUUUUCAGUUCUGAAUCCUAAAGUGAUGCAUUCUCCAGAAACCAGUCUUGUGCUUAUACUUGAUAAAAAAAAAUGUAUGCAAUCACUACAUAUAUGCUUUACUUUGCUCUCCUGAACUGUAUUUUAACAUAGAUUUUUUAUAUUUUAAAGACUCUAAGUAAUGUAUUAUUGCUUAACACUCUUUUGUCUUUGAUUUCUUGUAACUUUUACAAACAUAUUUUACACUUAAAGUAUUACAUUUCCUGGUUCCAAACACUUACCUUACAUAGUGCACUUUUGUUUUUCAUAGAGGUACUUUAGCAUAUGUGCUGUAUUUGAACUCUAAUAUCAUAAUCAUAUUCGAAUUUGCUCAUGGAUGAUAUUAUGAAGAGUUCGUGUAGGUUAACCAAAUGGUAAACUUUACUGAUUUAAUACUUAUUGUUGUCCUGUGAUCUUUCAGAGAUUGUAAAACGCUAGUGUUUAAUAGAUACUUGCAGGAAACAAUACUGGGAAACUGUCCUAAUGCUAAUACUUAGUAGAGCUUAAUGUUACCAUGAUGUGUCACACAACAGUUAUUUAUUUAGUGUAACAUACCCGGAUUAAGCCUACAUGAUGUGGAAACAAAAAGCAGGUAAUACAGGUAAUGGAAAUGAUAGUGUAACAUUGUUCUGUUAGACACUGGGAAUGCCGUAGCUGUGCAAUUUACAACUUUGAAGCAAUAAAUGCUUUUCAUUAGGAGAAAAACUUGUUUUCACAAUAGAUAUGAAGUUUUAACUAUGAACCCUCCUGCGGCAAAGAGAUCAAAUAGAUGUAUAUAGUAAAUAACUUUUUUUGAUUAUUUUAAGUAUGUAUGUUGUGUAUGAAAAAAAAGCAAUGAUGGAUUCUUAAUUAUUAUAAGACACUGAAUAAAAACACACUCAUGCUAGUGAAAAAUAUGGUCUAAAAUUGUGGAUUCAUACUGUACACGUGUUAGUAAAUAAAGGGUUCAAAAGAUUCACCAAGAUUUACGUGUGAUCCAAACCUGCUUGCAUACGCAUUAUGUAUAGAUGAAAUGUUGAUAGGGGAUGAUUUAGUUAGUUUAACCAUUGAUAACUUAUGGUAAGUGUUGCCAUAUAUGACAUUACAAAAAAAAAGCAAACAAAGAAUGAUAAAUAGAACUGGUAUGACGAUGUCUUUUCUCCGACCUUUCAGUCUAGUGUUAGAAAAGAAUUGUUUCUUCGAGCUAUAAUGUUUUAGAAUUAGAAUGUUAUUUCUUCUCCAUGUUAUGUUAGGUUAUUCUUUUAUAUUGAAAUGUAGUUAUGUUAUGGUUUGUCAUGUAAAUCAACUUGAUAUCUGUUUUCAUAAUUAUGGGAAAUAGUACGAUGAUUAAAUGAAAAUAUUGAAAUAAAAGGCUUACAUUGUAUUGGAGAGAAAAGUGGAAUGUUUAUAUACACUUAUAUUUAAUUACUGGUUUUAUAUACCAAUCUACUAGUUUUUUUUGUCAACUUUGGUUAGUUGGGUUUAUUUCAAAACCGAAUCUUUACUUUAAUAGAGAUUUGGCAGUUUCAAUUUUCAUUGUCACACCGAUCCUCAAAGUGCUGCAUUAUUUUGUUAAAUUGUAAUAUAAUGCUGCCAAUAAAAUAUAAAAACUUGAAUCAUUUCAUUUCUUGGGUGUCUCUUAAUUAGAAUUGUUUUUGUUUGCAUUGAAUGAUAUGAAUUAAGUUUAUUCACUGGCAGCAACCAAGUUAACUUGAUUUUUUAUUUUAUUUUAACAGUCUCACUUGGAAACCUUAAAAUUUUACAAGCCACAUGAAAGAAAACCUUUUGCCAAUUUACUUUGGCAAGAAUUUCUAUGAAAUAAAAAUACUCCUGUAAUUACUGUUAUUAAAUAUAAUGCAAUGAUGUGAAAGUAAUGAAAAGCAUGAUUUUUUUUUUCAUUACCAUAGGUGUCAUAUUGAAAUUUUACGAAUGUAUUUCGUUUUUCCCAUUUUGUUUAAAAAAAAAAAAAAAGAUACUCUAAGUUUACUUAGCCUUUCUUUGGUAUUCAAAGAUUUCUAUGCAAUUCUUGAAUUUCUAAAAUUAAAGUAUGCCUCUUGUAGGUUUUAAAAGUAUGUUAAGUGUUUAUUGCUGGAUCGUAUCAUAUCACUGCCAUCAUGCAUGACUGUUGUACGUAAUAAUAAAGAAUUGAUCUAAACCUUGUUGGCUAAAUCUCUGGUUAUUACUUAUUUUGUUUGCUAUGAGUGUGAAGCCUGUUCUAUCUCAUCCAAACCUGCUCUAGCUUGUACAAGGUACUAGUGUUACUGUAUAUAGGAUGGUUGUAAUUUAUUUACUACUAGAAACGUGUAUUGCAGUUUUUAUCUAUCUCAUCCAAACCUGCUCUAGCUUGUACAAGGUACUAGUGUUACUGCAUAUAGGAUGGUUGUAAUUUAUUUACUACUAGAAACGUCUAUUGCAGUUUUUAUCUAUCUCAUCCAAACCUGCUCUAGCUUGUACAAGGUACUAGUGUUACUGCAUAUAGGAUGGUUGUAAUUUAUUUACUACUAGAAACGUGUAUUGCAGGUUUAUAAAUGUUUCAAUAGUCGGUUAAAAUUUACAAAGAAACGCUCAAAAUUUAAUUGCCUAAUAUAUUCUAAUGGACAUUCAUUGUAUAAAGUUUAAUGGAAAUAUAUUCUAUGACAUUCAAGAUAGUACAUAGAGAUUUAUCACUUAAGCAGCUAGAUAAGACCUUGGUUUGAGCUGGAAAAACUUUACAUAGUGAUACACGGCGUUAGACUCAUCCUAAAUUGUCCAUUUUUUGUAAAAGUAAUGAAUUAAAUUCUCAGUAAAUGACAACAUUUCGGAAAAGUAGCAUAGCUUGAUACUGAACUUUACGAAGUCAACAUUGACAUUUUGGGAUAAGUAGAUGAAUGUCACUUAAAGUGACAUUCAUUGUAGUGGAGUUACAAGAGCUAAAAAUGCUUUGAUUGUUUUUAUGUUUUUUGUUAAAAGAUAAAUUCGUGAUUGUUUUAUUCCGUCUAUUAGAUUUAUAGUAUGCUAUAAAAUGUUCGAAGAUUAAUUAGAGAUAAUGUUUGCUUUAAUUAUGUAAACUUUGCAUGUUAUGCAGUAAGAUGACAUUUCUGAAGUCAUUUCAUGAAGAAAGAGUAAGCGUUAGUUCAGCUACGUAGUAAAAGAAAAAUCACUGUAUAUAACAUGAAAAUCUUGUCCUCGAGUAGGUUUUGUUAUUGUGAAAUGGCUAUAAUGAAAAUUUGUAAUUCAUGAAAUUAGUUGGAAUAAAAUAUAAAACUUUG